GAGUGGAGAUAAGCAGAGCUUGUUUCAGAUACAGAAGGACGCUGCUGUAAAAACAAACACACUUUUUGCCUUCUUGUUGAUUUUUUUGGGGAGAUUUUUAACGCUCCAGCAUGUGUAAAGGACUAGCAACUCUGCCUGCGACCUGCUUGAAAAGCGCCAAAGACAUCAAGCACAAACUAAGCUUCUUACUGCAGAAGCCUGAACCCCAAACAGCCGAUCAGAAGGAGGUGAAGGAGAAAACCGCUGCUUCAAAGAGGGUGCCAGAUCCAUCUGAGGUGGAAAAAUGGAAGGAGUCAUUCAGUCAUGUGAUGAGCAGUGAAACGGGUCGGACAGUCUUUACCAGCUUCCUGCGGUCUGAGUUCAGUCAAGAAAACGUGGACUUCUGGAUUGCCUGCGAGGACUUCAAGAAGACUCCGCCUUCUCAGAUGGCGGUUAGGGCAAAACAAAUCUAUCAGCAAUAUGUGGAGGCAGAUGCCCCAAACGAGGUAAACCUAGAUGCUGCAGCCAGAGAAAAAACCCGGCAGGAAGUGGAGAAGGGUAGCCCGUCUUGUUUUGACGAGGCCCAGAAGUUGAUCUACACCUUGAUGGAAAAGGACUCUUACAGGCGCUUCCUCAAAUCCAAACUGCUUCAGGAUCUGUGUCCAAAAGAGACUGGCACAUCUCGGGUAAAGAAAAGCUUGGACUGGGCUGAGAGCAGGCAGGCUUUGGCUGGUGGGGCCUAAACAGGAACGGAGACGAGAAAGGAUUCAAAGCAGGUGCCAAGGUUUGGUAGUGGAUGUGAUAUAAGAAAAGACUCUACGGUAGACUAGAAAACAGGGGUUUGGGAAGGUGACUCAAAAGGUUCAGUAAAGAAAUCUAUAGAUACACUUCUGCUUGCUGUUACUUAUUGGCCAUGUUUGUGAUUUUCUGUAAAAAACAAGUUUUCCAUUUUUUGAAGUCAUAAUCAGCUGUCAAGUAAUUUUCUGAAUCAGAGAGGUCAAUAGGGACAGACUGAAUGUUAAGGAUUUCCAUGUUAUAUACAUUGUAAAUACAUAUUAACCUGCUUGCAUCACCAGGUCAGGCUGAUCGUAACAACGAAAAACCAUCCAGGGCUACCUCUGAUGCCUAAGUGAAAUUGUGUUUAGAUUAUCAUAGCAAAUCCUCUCCACAACUUCUAACUGCAAUAGUGGAUAAAAACGUCACUUUUCAGGACUGAGGUGUUCGCUCCUGUCAGGAUUAUUAAAUGCAGUUGCUUCCAAAGGGUUUAAUUAGUUUUUGUUAAAAGGACUAUAGGUAUGUGAAUUUUUAAACAUAUUUCAUGUUGGGGAACGACAGCUUUUCUCAAAAAUAAAAUUUGGUACAAACCCUAGUAGUAAUAGGACACAGUGGGGAGAGAAGAUGUCCUGCACACAACCGUACAGCAGAUUCAGACUCAUUGGGGUGGUCUUGUACUUUGACUGCUUUGGUUUGGAGAAAAUAAACAGACAGAAGUAUUUGCAUACCUGCAGCCUAAGCUUAUGGCUAAGCUUAUGGCUAAUACCUGAAAAGAGCAACAAGAAAAAAUGUGUAUGCUAAAAUAAAAAUAAAAAGGUCCUCUAAAACAUUUACCGGUAAAAGUAGGUUUUAAGAAAAUCCAUAAAGAAGCACAGUCAAAGGAGAAAUAUUAAAGGACCCAGACCAAAAAGAUACGCAUGAAAAAGAAAUGACUCCCAAAAUCUUUUCAGUCUAUCUGCAAGACACAAACAACAAUCAAUGGUCUUUUAACAUGUGUCACAUGCUUUAAAUGUGUGUAUUUAAAGGCUAGAAGGCAGUUUAAGACAUUGGAAAAUAGAGGUUGUUAGCAGAAGUCAGCCUUUAUAAAAUUGGACUUUGUUUAACUUCUAAACUGACAAUGGAAAAACCUGAAAUAAUGAAUGACAGUUGAUACAUAUGUUUUUUUUUUUUACUAACAUAAAAACAUUUCUGUAUGGAAACUGCAGAAAGCCCAAAAUUAUGAUUUUACCAAGAUGAGAAUUUAAAUAUCCGAAUAAAGAUAACUGAUCAUAAAGAAAACAUUUACUCAUAGUUGUAAUUAUUACCAAAUUUAUUUUGAAUUAACAUGACAUUUCUCUACCUAUGAGUAGAAUUACUACUUAAAAAAGUAUUGUGUAGAACCAGAGGAAUGUGUGAUUUUAGCUGCUUUGUGUAGCUCAAAGCUGGAUUGUUUAAGUCUGUUUUUGCUGAAUGAACGUCAUAAAAUAUGACACUUAAAACAAGUCAGCUUUGUCUGCUUCCUGAGCAUCUUUCUGUAUAAAAAAUAGUGCAUUGUUGUUGCAUGAUGUAUCCAAACCGGUCGGAGGUGUUACUCAUUUUUUAAAAUUUAUAUAUUGUCAAAAGAAAAUGGCUGUUUCAUUCAUGUUUUUUUAAAUACGUAACGUAAUAUUGCCUGUAUUUUGAUGAAAAUCCAUUAUGGUAUUUCAGUGUUUUGAUUGAAAUGUCUAUAGUGAUACAAAUGUUUUAUGUGUUUGUACUGAAGAUAUACUUGUAUUUUAUUCAUAUCGUGAAAUUUGCUCAAAUAUUCUCAAAUAAAGUUUUGAUGGGAAAAAGAA